AUGCUUCAAAUUCUAAUUCUAACAUUUAUUUCUUUGACUCAUCAAUAAACUACCUAAUUUAAUUUUUCCAAGUUUGAUGAUCCACUCAAAAUCAAAUAAAUCUAUUAUUUAACUCGAUUUCUAGAUUUAGAAAAAUCAUUAAAUUUGACAACAUAAUAAGCACAAGAUAAUGCCAAUUUUGCUUUAGAAUUAUGGGUCAAUACAGAAAAUGUGCUUAAUUAGACUACAAAUAAAAUAAGCAACCAUUCAAUUUUAAACAUCAUUGAUAAUGAAUAAUUUCAAAGUAUUAUUCCAUAAGAUCAAGAAGGAUUGCAAGAAACAGAGUAAUAUAUUGAAUAAUGGCAAAACUAAACAGAUGUAUAGCAUAUUCUAUCAAUUUAUAGGAUAAUAAAAGUAUAAUCUUAUAGUAUGUCAUUGAAAAUAUUGAUGAAAUGAUAUCAUCAGAUGAUCCUGAAAACUAUAACAAAACUAAUUUGAUUGAAUAAAUCUCUAAUCAAACACUUAUCCUAGAUGAAAAUCAGAAAAAUAUAAAUACUACUAAAUAUAUUUCUCCAUUGACUUGGUAACAUGCAAAUGUUAGUUAGGAAGAAAUGAUAUUGGCAAAUUUUUUUUAUGAAACAAAAAAAUAAAAUCUAACAGUUUAAGAAGAAUUUAAUAAAUUAUCUGCUUAAGAAGCUGCAGCUUUGAUAAGUGCUUUUGAAAAAUUCUUUAUUGAUACAAGUAAAACUUCAAAUAAAAAUACAACUACAAACACUAUUAAUUCAAAAGGAGAACAACCUACUGAAAAACCUGAUGAACUCCCUUUUCCUAAAUCUGAUAAUAAUUAAGAUGAUCCCAUUUAUAUGUAUAUGGUGUUUGCUUUAAUGCUCUUCAUGUUAAUUGCUAUAUUGUUUCUUUUAAGAAGAUAUUUGAUACAAUAGAAACUUAUUUCAUUCUAAAUGAAUGAAGAAUCAAAUGUUUAAGGAUUCUAGGCUUGA